AUGCCACAUCAUUCAACAACUCAACUGGCGUUCCCAUUCAACUCAAGUGAAAGCGUCAUAACAAAUGCCACUGAAGCGCCAUCGGUGCUGCAGAGUGAUAAACUGCUGACGCGAGAACAAGCAUUCAUCAUGAAUGCUGCUAUCGGCACGGUAGGCCUUUUUGGCAAUGCGUUAGUUUGCGUCGUCUUUAUGAGAGUUAAAAGUUUACGAUCUCUCACAAAUUAUUUUAUUUUUCAACAAUCAAUCAUUGAUUUAUUUGUAUCAAUCAUAUUUCUUGCUAAGAAAUGUGGUCCUACUAAUAUUUGGGUUCCGCCUGGUAUCUUGGGUGAAAUAUUAUGUAAAGUGUGGCUCUCUGGAUAUCUGACGUGGUCGCUUAUAAUGACGUCAUCUAUGAACCUAACAGCGAUGACGCUCGAGCGCUAUUCCGCGGUCGUUUAUCCGAUGAAACACAGAUUUUCUUACACCUUGCGAAAAGCCAGAAUUAUUAGCGCAUUUGUCUGGUUAAUUCCGUUUUCAUUGGAACUUCUUUGGGCGUUCGCCGUUUCCAACUCCAAUAUGGGCUACUGCUCAAUAAAAUGGUACGAUGACGUUGCACAGAUGGCGUCGGGGGUGUUUUUCUUCUGCAUGGAGUGGGUUAUCCCCGUCUCGGCGAUGGCUUUUACGUAUUCCUCGAUACUUGUAACUCUAUGGAGACGUUCAAGUAAUCAGCGUCUCCAAGAAGGGAGCAGGAAACAACGGCGAGAUGGGAAUAAAGAUAAAACUGUACCAUUGGUUGAACGCGCGCGCCGUAACGCCACUAAAACUCUUUUUAUCGUAGCCUUGGCCUACCUCAUUUGUUGGACCCCACAGGCCUGGGAAUAUUUUCUAUAUAGUGUUCUACACGUGUUGCCGCUACAUAGCGUAUUUCAUGAUAUAGCGAUAUUGUUAGCAUUUACUAAUAUGUGCGUCAAUCCAGUUAUCUACACACUCCAGUACGAACCAUUUAGAAAGGGCGUCGCUACCUUAUUUUGUUGUGAGAAAAAUGAUCGCAUCGAUAUGUCGAAAAAUGGAAUUGAAAAUAUCUCAAUGAGAAUGAGUAAAGAAAGUAUUAAUGAUGUGCAUGCCAAGAAACACGACGAAGAAUAG